UAUUAUGGUGGGAAUGAGUUCAUUGAUGAGCUGGAGACACUGUGUCAGAAGCGUGCAUUGCAAGCCUAUCAUCUGGAUCCUCAGUGCUGGGGAGUCAAUGUCCAGCCUUAUUCAGGCUCCCCUGCAAACUUUGCUGUGUAUACUGCCCUGGUAGAGCCCCAUGGGCGUAUCAUGGGCUUGGACCUGCCAGAUGGAGGUCAUUUGACUCAUGGCUUCAUGACAGACAAGAAGAAAGUCUCUGCUACAUCUAUCUUCUUUGAAUCUAUGCCUUAUAAGGUGUACCCAGACACUGGCUACAUCAACUAUGACCAGCUGGAGGAGAACGCCAGCCUCUUUCACCCGAAGCUGAUCAUCGCAGGCACCAGCUGCUACUCCCGGAACCUGGACUAUGCACGUCUGCGAAAGAUCGCAGACGAUAACGGGGCAUAUCUCAUGGCAGACAUGGCACACAUCAGUGGGCUGGUAGCAGCUGGUGUGGUGCCCUCCCCUUUUGAACACUGCCAUGUGGUGACCACCACAACCCACAAAACCCUGAGAGGCUGCCGUGCUGGUAUGAUAUUCUACAGAAAGGGUGUGCGCAGUGUGGAUCCCAAGACUGGCAAAGAGAUUCAUUAUGAGCUGGAAUCACUCAUCAACUCUGCUGUGUUCCCAGGCCUCCAGGGGGGCCCCCACAACCAUGCCAUUGCUGGUGUUGCUGUGGCCCUGAAGCAAGCCAUGACAACAGAAUUCAAAAUCUACCAGCUCCAGGUGGUGGCCAACUGCAGGGCUCUGUCCGAGGCCCUCACCGAGCUAGGCUACAAAGUAGUCACAGGUGGUUCUGAUAAUCAUCUGAUCCUAGUGGAUCUCCGUCCCAUGGGCACCGAUGGUGGAAGGGCUGAGAAGGUACUAGAAGCCUGUUCUAUUGCCUGCAACAAGAAUACCUGUCCAGGUGACAGGAGCGCAUUACGACCCAGUGGACUGCGACUGGGGACCCCAGCACUGACAUCCCGUGGACUUUUGGAAGAAGACUUCCGAAAAGUUGCACGCUUUAUCCACAGAGGGAUAGAGCUUACGCUGCAGAUUCAGAACGACAUGGCUGUGAGGGCGACACUCAAGGAGUUCAAGGAGAAGCUGGCAGGGGAUGAGAAGUACCAGAGUGCUGUGAGAACUCUCCGGGAAGAUGUGGAGAGUUUUGCUUCCAACUUCUCCAUACCUGGCCUGCCCGACUUCUGACAGAGCCAGCACAGCCAGCGUCUACCACGAGGGUAGGACUGCUCCAGGACCCCGUGAACCCUGUACCCUCUCAGUGGACACCUGAGCCUGCACUGUGCUUUGGAGGGUGUUUCUGACAGGCUGUUCUCGUUUCAGAAAUUCUGGGGCAGGUUAUUAAGGACUAUAAAUUUGAAACUUCACUUCUCAGCAGCUUUAUAUAAUUCAUUGUUUGGGGGAAAAGCACUGUGUAGCCAUUUGAUCUCACUGACUGCAGUAUGAGGCAGAGCUAUUAAAGAUCCCAGAAUGCUCCUUUCUCCUUUCUCAGUGGGCCCUGUGGCAGGUAAGGAAAUGUCCAGGUUCAGGCCUGUGUUUCCUAUUAUUCCUAUUCUGUUGCCCAGUAGGAUGCCAGAGGAGUACUGAGUUUUCUGCUCUGGGUUAUACAACUAGACAGAUGUAUAAGCAAGGGUUAAUGUCAGGGGCUGGAAAGAUGGCUCAACUCUGGCUGCUCUUCUAGAGG